GAAAUCUGUUACACUUCCUUGUAACCACAGCCCAAAAGACAACGCCCAGAGAUUGGUUAGAACGUCGAUCUCCUCGACCAAACCUCCACCUUCUCUCUCGCUCUCUCCUCUUCCUUUUGAGCGAUCUGAUUCGAGAAAUCCGAUCUCUUGGAUCGAGAUUUGUGGAAAAUGACGGUCUGAAUAUCGGGUUUUUUUUUUUUCGUCUUCCGAUCGAGAGAAAAUGCAGAGCCGGGGAUCGAACAACCGGCUCUCCGGUCUAGCUUUCCGGUCUAGAAUUUCGACUCUGAUGCUCUCCAUGAUCGCGACAAUGGCUUCUAUAUACGUUGCUGGACGGCUUUGGCAGGAUGCAGAAAACAGGGUUUAUCUCAUUAAAGAGCUCGAUAGGAGAACUGGUCAGGGGCAGUCAGCUAUAUCAGUUGAUGACACAUUGAAAAUCAUAGCUUGCAGGGAGCAGCAAAAGAAAUUAUCAGCACUUGAGAUGGAGCUGGCUGCGGCUAGACAUGAAGGCUUUGUUUCAAAGUACUUGUCAGAGACUAAUGUGACUCAUUCUAAAAAAAGGCUGUUGGCUGUCAUAGGAAUUGUUACUGAGUUUGGUCGCAAGAAUAAUAGGGAUGCAAUCCGGAAGUCAUGGCUGCCAACAGGUCAAGCACUGAAAAAAUUGGAAGAAGAAAAGGGCAUCGUUAUACGAUUUAUCAUCGGAAGAAGUGUGAAUCGGGGAGAUAGCCUGGACAGGGCUGUUGACAAUGAAAACAGACAGACAAAUGACUUUGUUAUUCUGGAAGAUCAUGUUGAGGCAUCUGAGGAGAUUCCCAAAAAGUCAAAAUUGUUCUUUGUCCAUGCUGCAGAUACCUGGGAUGCUGAGUUUUAUGCUAAGGUUAAUGAUGAUGUCUAUGUUAAUAUAGAUGCAUUGGGAGCUAUGCUUGCAACUCAUUGGGACAAGCCUCGUGUUUACAUCGGGUGUAUGAAAUCAGGCGAAGUUUUCUCAGAGCCGAAGCACAAAUGGUAUGAACCGGACUGGUGGAAAUUCGGAGAUGGGAAAUCGUACUUCCGUCAUGCUUCUGGCGAAUUAUAUGUAAUAUCAAGGGCUUUAGCGCAAUUUAUCUCUAUCAACAGAUCUAUUCUUCGCACAUAUGCCCACGAUGAUGUCAGUGUUGGAUCAUGGUUUAUUGGCCUCGAUGUCAAACAUAUUGAUGAGGGGAAGCUAUGCUGCUCGUCAUGGUCUUCAGGUGCAAUAUGUGCGGCUGUUUGAUCCAUCUCACGACCCACAAGAUAGAAACUUAUGAGGGCUUUCUUUUUAGUCUCCCUCAAAAUGUUCAUUUGACAGGACACUGAAAGCAUACAUCAGAUCUCAUCAUGGCGACCUUUUAAUCUCGCCUGUUCUGCCUCGAAGAUUAGCUACCACUGUUUCUGAGCGACGGGUCACCAGGACAUCGAUAGCAUUUGGUCUCCAAAUGCGGGUAACGGCAGAAUUCAUGUAGUUUAAGGGGAGGGCAUCAGGAUCUGUGCUGCAGAGUGGCAUCCCUCUCCUUUUAUUGUUGGACCAUUCUUACACAAAAACAAACUAAAAAGGAAGAGUUUUUUUUUCUUUCUUCUUCUUCUUUUUCUUCUAGUUACAAGCAUAGGAAUUAUUCAUGUAACAAAAUCUCAUUGAUUUGGACGUGUUGUGCCCAUUAUCCAGGACUAAAAAAAAAGAAGAGAAAAACUGGCUUAUUCAUUGA